CGAGAAGUUCCGAGACGUGUGUUUCCGUGUAUCAGCGCUGGCGGCACGGCACGCCUGCAGGCCACUCUGUGUUUGUUUCCUCGCCGGCGCUGUUUGGCGCUGGAGUCACGUUCGGCGCAGCUGACUGCGCUGCAGCAGACGUGACUUGUCCCGGCUGGCGGCACGGCGCGCUUGCAGACCGUUCGGUGUUUGUUUCCCCGCCGGCGCUGUUUGGCGCUGGAGUCACGUUCGGCGCAGCUGACUGCGCUGCAGCAGACGUGACUUGUCCCGGCUGGCGGCACGGCGCGCUUGCAGACCGUUCGGUGUUUGUUUCCCCGCCGGCGCUGUUUGGCGCUGGAGUCACGUUCGGCGCAGCUGACUGCGCUGCAGCAGACGUGACUUGUCCCGGCUGGCGGCAGCGACUGGCCCUGAAGUGGCCCUGAAGUGGCGCGACCCUUGUCCAGUGGCGCAGCCGUUAGGGAGGUCCCCACCCUCCCUUCAGGAGGUUUUGUGGACAUACACUACUUUCCUACCCAAGCGGCUGCGUCAGACCGCGAUGAAGGAGGACAAGGAGGCGAUCCUGCCCGUCCACAGCUGCACGCAUCAGGAGAAGCAGAGACGCAGGGUCGUGCUGACGUCAGCGACGAGGAUCAUCCAGCAGGCGUCCCUGGAGCUGGUGUGGGCAUGCCUGGGCUGCCUGGUGCUGGUGUCGGUGGCAGCACUGCUGCUGGUGUGCACGGCCACGCUCCUGGGCGUGCGCCCCGGGCCCCACGAGGACGGCCUCCAGCAGCCCCAGGGACACCUGGAGGAACCAGGCCUGCAGCUCAGCUUCGUGUCGCUGGGCGAGGACUGCGAGGACUCCCCCCGCUGCCGCUGCGCCGUGGAGGCGGCUGCCCGGCUGCACCCGGACCUGCCCUGCCACGUGUACAACAUCCUGGAUGGCCAGGCAGAGCGGGUCCACUCCUCCAGCCCCGGGCUGGCGGCGCUGCCCAACGUGCGACUGCACCACAACACAUCGGCGCGGUUCUUCGGCGACUCGCCGCUGGGGGGCUGGUGGCGGGACGCGCCACCGGGACUGCGCGCCUUCGCGGCGAGGGUGUUGGUGCUGUGGCGCCACGGGGGGGUCAGCCCUGCCCCCGGGGUGUCGCCCCUCGCCGGGGCGCCCCUCGCCCCGGGGGCAGCAGUGCUGCUGGAACCCGAGGAGGGGUUGGUGCUGCGAGCACCGGGUCCAUGCCACGCGCUCCUCUUCGAGCUGAUGCGCGCUCUGGGGCAGGCUGGCGGGGACUCCGGGGUGCGCGACGUAGUGGCCGCCACGCUCCGGGGGUUCUGCGGCGCCAGGGCCGCGUGUCCCGGCGUGGAGCUGUUGCCCCGGGAGCAGGUCUGCGGCACGCCCUCCCCGGGGGACAAUCACCUGGGGUCCCCACGGACCUGCGCCUGGGUUACCGUGGAGGAGAGCCAGCCCGGGCGACUGUGCCUGGCGUCGCUCUCGUAGCGCCUUCCUCUGGUGGCUGCUUCUUGGACUUCAACACUCCCUUCCUCGCAGAGGAGUCCACCACCAGGACACCUGCUGUCCCCGAAUACCUCGAGCCAAAAGUAGGGUGUGUAAAUGCCACGCGGGCUGUAGCCAAUGAACAGUUUACGCAUCCUCGAGCAUGAGUUGGACUGUAGAGUCUACCUUUGGUCGUCAAACACACAACGCAACCAUAGUCUCUCUUACAACCUUAUAUUCCUUCCGACGAAGGAAGCUUGAGCCAGGCUUGAUUGCCCAAUCCCAUGCACACUCGAGGCACUGUUUGCCUGCCCAUUGGCUGCUGGCUUCGUGUGUCUCGGCUGUGUCUCUCCUGUGAUUCGGCACUUGGCACUUAUCUUGCUGCAGGCUUUGUUUUUGGUCAGAAAACCCCCACAUCGACUGUGGAGUCAUUAAUGAAGCAGCUCAAAAGGAAUUUAGCUUGUCUUGUAACUAACUCGCGACUUCAUCUGCAUGGACUGUAGGAAUAGGUAAAAUCGGCACAACUGCUUGUGAUGAAGCUGGGCUGCAUUCCCUUGUACAUUUUAUUGAUGUGUAUGAUUGGACUACGGACUAUAAACACGCACAGAAGGACUAAAAGCAAACUACAAACCUCCGAAAAACAUCAUGACCAAAGAAAGAAGCACAUUCUCGCCUUAUACUAAUGAUGUUGAUGAGAUAUACCAACUUUAAUAUUCAGCAUAUGGACUUAUUACUUGCCAAAAAAUGCAAAAGGUUUAAGAAGGUUGUGUUGAAUAUGUAAGAGAUUUAUUAAUGUGUUUGAGAUUUAUUUCUUAAUUUUAAUUUGUUAAUUUUUAAAAAUAGAUACAUAUACUGUGUGGAUACAUAAACAGAAUUAGUGAUAUUUCAAGACAAAAAGGAAAACUUCAGUUAACAAACUAUACAUUUAAGACACCUUGAAAUAAUUUUUGAUAACAGUCUUUCCCCUAUCCCCCCCCCCCCCCGGCCUAACCCAACACGGGCUAGGCAGCACGAAAACCGCCCCUUACCAUGAAUCCGCCGCUCAAGAAAAACUUUUCAAAAAAUCUGCCCAUUCACCCUACUUUACACCCAACGAGAGAGGCAUAGACGUGUUCAUCAACUUAUGUUGGAUACAUUCAAAAGUGACAAGGAUAACGAAAUUACAAAAUGUGGUAUGAUCCUAAAAUGUAAUAUUAUUUAUGAUACUCCUGUAGUAUAUUAUUUAACUGAUUGAUAAUAUUUUAAAUUGUACAAAAACCAAAGCAAUGUUAAGUUUAUUUGAAUUUUAUGAUAGAGUAGAUUUGUAAAAACACUUUGAAAUAAAAGUUGUAUUUCUUA